AUGCACCUCUUCAAGACGACCAUUGGUCACGCUCUGCUCCUCACCUUCCUCCCAGCAGUCCUGGCCUGGCGCGGAGAGCGCGUUUGUCCUCUUAGCCAAACAUACUGCAGCAUCCCGCACGGCUGGCGCCAAUUCGGAUCCACGUGUACUCUCAUCUCACUGACGCACAACACCACCUGGUCCAGCAAAUUCCCCAACCUGGAGAGCGUCCCUGCUGUUGAUCUAAUCAUUUACGACAUGAAAUGCCGCGAAAUCGGUUGCGAGAGGGACAUACCAGAAGGUUCGACGCUCCGGGUACCAACACUGUUGCCAUUCGUGCUAAUCGUCACUGUACCAACGGCCCAUGAGGAGCUCCCGCGGCUUUGGUAUGAUGGGGGAAGGUAUGGUGCCGGUGUUAGUGCCGAGAGAAGUGGAAGGGGUAGUUGGGGAUCGGUGGGGAGAUUGAGCUUGAGUCCACCGGUAACCUAUGAGGUCUAUGGAGAUUGGGGGCCGUUCAAGGUAGCUGAGGUGGUGUUUGACUGCUAG